GCCCCUGCAGCAGCAGGAGGAAGUGUUUCGGAAGUGGACGCUCACGGCAGAGCAGGGAUCGAAGGAGAGGGUGGAGAAAAGGCAGCAACCGAGUGGAUUGUGGACAUGACAGUGGCUUUUAUUUGGCACCCAAAAUCAUUUAUUUUUAGCUUUCACACCAUCACAGAAAACCAGAGAUCGUUUUAUUUACGAUGGGCCGCAUAAAAAGGCCAUAAGGUAAGACAGAGUUUGACCUCCAGGGGAAAAGGCAACAAACCCCACGUCUAUUGAAAGAUUUCUUCCUCCAGGGCGGGUUUGGCAGGUUGGAGACAGUCACCCGCAGGAGCCAUGCAUCAUCGGUGAGGGGGACUCGCUGCGAGGGACAUACACAGUAUCGGGUGAGGGGGCGGUCGGCGGCCAGGUGGCGUGGAGAUGAAGCUCAAACAGCGCAUGGUGGUGCUGUGUGCCGUGCUCCUCCUGCUGGGCCUGGCCAAGAUCUUCCUGCUAGAUGGAGGCGAGGGAUCCGCGGCCAAUCGGCGGGACCUCCGGGCAUUUCGUAAGAUGGAAUCGGGUCUUUCUCUGCCACGGGGAGCUCGCCUCACACACACCCUCCAGUCUCCAUGGGAGAUAGCCAGUCAGUGGGUGGGCCCCAGGGAAGUGUACCCCGAGGAGACCCCUGAGUUGGCUGCUGUGCUCACCUCGCUGAGCACUGCCAGGAUAGAGCGCGCCGAUGUGGGCUAUAAGGGCACGCAACUCAAAGCCUUGCUGGUGCUGGACGGAGCACAGAAAGUGGUCUUUAAACCCAAGAGAUACAACAGAGACUAUGUGGUUGAAGGGGAGCCAUAUGCAGGAUAUGAUAGACACAAUGCAGAAGUGGCUGCUUUUCACCUGGACAGGAUCCUUGGAUUCAGGAGGGCGCCUCUGGUGGUGGGCCGGUACGUCAACCUGCGCACCGAGAUCAAGCCCGUGGCCACUGAUCAGCUCCUGAGCACGUUCCUCAUGCAGAGUAACAACACGUGUUUCUAUGGAAAGUGCUACUACUGCCGGGAGACGGAGCCAGCGUGUGCAGAAGGUGAAAUCAUGGAGGGCUCGCUGACUCUCUGGCUGCCGGACGUGUGGCCCCUGCAGAAACACAGACACCCGUGGGGACGUACGUACAGAGAGGGGAAACUGGCCAGGUGGGAGUAUGAUGAAAGUUACUGCGAGGCGGUGAAGAAAAUGCCCCCGUACGAUGCGGGGCCAAGGCUGCUUGAUGUCAUUGAUACAGCUGUUUUUGAUUAUAUGAUUGGCAACGCCGACCGCCAUCACUACGAGAGUUUCCAAGACGACGGAGGAGCCAGCAUGCUCAUCCUGCUGGACAAUGCGAAGAGCUUUGGCAAUCCUGCCUUGGAUGAGCGAAGCAUCCUGGCACCACUCUAUCAGUGUUGCAUGAUCCGUGUUUCCACCUGGAACAGGCUGAACUUCCUGAAAGGUGGAGUUCUGAGUUCAGCCAUGCGACAAGCUCUUGUUUUUGAUCCGAUUUAUCCUGUCCUGGCUGAACCUCACCUUGCAGCUCUGGAUCGGCGUCUGACCGGAGUCAUAACAACUGUGAAGCAAUGCAUUGAAGCACAAGGUCCAGAUAACACUCUCAUAGAGGAUCGAAUGAACCUCCCACAUCCUUAAAACACAAACAAGCUGAGAGACAUGCCUAACAGCCAACCACAGCCAGUGGCUCUGCGACUCCAGGGAUGUACAAGCAGAAAUCAUCCUUGAUUUCUUUUAUUGACACUGAGAAAUGUGAUUCUUAAUGGAGAACUCUAGCCAAAGAGUCGGAAGUGUAACAGUUUCACACACAUCCUCUCAGGACUGUUAUUAAAAGGACAGCAAACACUGCGAGCAAAUUCUAUCACUACUGGUUUCAAUGUUACUCCCACCUCGUGCCAAAUCCUCCCUCAUCGGUCAUGCUUGUUCACUUCGUUAGCCGCAGAUGAUGUAUAGAGCUCACUCAGGAGGAAAGAUGUGUGAAAGUUUGAAAUGAGCGUCUAAAAUCUCUGUGAUAGCUACACUUCAGACAGUCUGGAGCCAACGAGCUAGAAAGAUGCUUCAGUUAUAAAAAUAUUCCUGCAAUUUAUUUUGAGUUUUAAACAGAACAGAUAAUUGACUCAUCUUUGCCCAGUAGUGUACAUAUUUAAGUAGUGAUAUAGAAUAUUGAACUGAAAGAAUAUAAAUAUUUGGAUUAUAAUAUUAAAUGAACUUUAGUGUGUGUGUGUGUGUGUGUGCGUGUGUGUGUGUGUGUGUGUGUGUGUGUGUGUGCGUGUGCGUGUGUGUGUGUGUGAGAGAGAGAGAGAGAGAGUAAAACGGGGAGAGAGAAUGAGUGCCAUAUUGUGCGGUAAAUCAGAAAUCUACUGACAUGACAGACUUGAUCCAUGGUGUGGGGUUGGAGGUUUUAUGGUGUUUGGGUUCAUGUUCGGCAUUAAACUAUGGACCACA